AUGGCCAAGUCGAUUCGCUCCAAGAUCAAGAAGUACUUCCGUCGUCAGCUCCGCAACACGAUCGGGAAGGAUGACCUCGAGAAGAAGCAGGCGCUCAUCCAGGAGAACCUGAAGAAGACGCUCGAGAUCCAGAGCGGCUCGACGCUCGCGUCGCUCAAGCUCGCGAUGGGCAGCACGAAGGCGCCGAUGGUGGCCGAGGUGCCGGACGAGGCCAUGGUCGACACGGAGGGCGCGGCGGAAGCUGAGAUCGCCAACGAAACGGCGCUCAAGCAGACGAACCGCAAGGACCAUCUCCUCAAGAAGAAGAAAAUCGCGGCCAAGGCCAGCAGCAAGAAGAAGAAGUUUGGCGCAUAA